AUGUCACAGACGAAUCUCGACAACCUCAGCCGCCUUGUCGCAAGCAGAGCAGACCGUCUCAUAGACCGCCUCGUCCGCGUCCUCUCCACACCAGCAGGGAGGGAUAAGACACUCUGCACCCUCCAGUACCUGCUCAUCGUCGUCUACACCCAACUCUCGCGUCUACAAGGCCUACGAUACCGUCGCUUCCUCCUCUCCGUGACCCGCAAAGUCGGUGCCGUCCUUCUGCCCGGAGAAACCGUCGUCGCAACACUCUCACCACCCGAAGACAACCUCAGCCAUGUCAUCAAAGGCAGUAAGGCCCUGUCAGAGUUGAUCAGCGAUUUCAGAUGCUUCUCCCGCGUCGUCGAGUCGUUGGAUCUAUACACCUGGGCCAAGGGCACAUGGAACAGUCCUCCCGAGGAUGGUCUUGUCAAAGCUGCCGUAUGGGGCCAAAUCUGGACCAUCACCGCAUACCAAUGGUACGAGAACGUGGCUUACCUGGCCUCAAAAGGUGUGCUGCGCGGUGAGAGGUUCGACACCAAACACCAGAACAAGUGGUGGGUGUGGAGCUCACGUUACUGGAUGGCCUACAUUGCACUAGAAGCUGUGCGACUAGCUCGUGUGUGGCAGCUGCGCCCAGCAGUUGCGUCGUCAGGAGAGGGUGUUGAGAAAAAGGCAGACACAUCGGAAGCGGAGGCUUUGUGGAAGAGGCAGAUGACUGUCAAUAUGGCUUGGGCUCCAGUUUCCUACCACUAUAGCUUGGAGGCUGGUGCUUUGAGCAGUGACUGGCUCGGUGUUCUCGGUCUCAUCGCUGGUGCUACGGGUUUCCGCAAUCUGUGGCGUCAAGCAGGUGCAGCAUGA